AGAGCUGAAGGGGUCGUCUCGGAGCGAGCCCGGAUUCCUGUGGGGAUGGGGGGCUCCCCAGGGGGGGCUUCUGGGAUCCAGGGCUCUAAGUUUAAUCAUCCAGCCUGGGAAAGUUCUUCUGUAUAGAACGGGGCGCUAUUCCCCGUGAUCCUUCCACAGUAAACAGGGCCGAGGCAGUAUGCAGUACUCCUAGGAAGAUGUUCCACUCCGGAUUCGGAAAGGAGAGCAUACCCCCCAGUCUCUUUACUGCACACAAGCAUCUUAGAAGUGCGCCCUACCAUACUCUCAGUUUUCCGUUUUACCGGUCACCUAGUAAGCCCUAGGCUGCUGAGGUUGGCAGUUCAAGUUCACCUAGAGGCGCCUUAGAAGAAAGGUCUGGCGGCGAUAUACGUCGGACAUGUCACAACCAUUGAACCCUAUGUAACACAAUUCAACCGUGACACACAUGGGGUCGCCUUGACCCCAAAUCGACUCUGUGACAGCUGGUUUUAUUUUUAGCCCAAGCCGAUUCUCAGAGCCAGUGAGUUACUACUGUGUGUGUGUGGUGGUGGUGGUCGUGGGGCACCCUUGGGGCCCCCCAGCCGGCCUUUCAGCUCUGGCCUUGUGCAGAUCUAAGCUACAGAGCUGGUGGAGGCCACUGCCAGCCAGCGAUAAGAAAGAGGUGGGGCAGCUGCUUAUCUCUCCUUCCAGCCUGCUGGUGCCCAGCGGGAUUGUUGCCCUUACGGACAUGUCAGAGCAUGGGACUAGGAGUAGGAAGACCUGGAUUCUAGCUUCAGCUCUCUGCCAAUGUUAGCUUUGUGACCCUGGGCAAGUCACUGCACCCCUCAGAGCCAGCCUUUGCUUAUGUAAAAUGAAUGGCCUCAGAGAUGCCUACCCUGAGGUUUGAGAUUCCUUUGAGGAUUAAUUAAAAACCAUAAACACUUAAUAAAUACUUCAUAAUGGAACAGUUUGACUCGAGUAUGAGGUACAGAUUCAGUGAGCAUAAGCGACUGUUUGAACCUAACAAUUCUGGGACCUUAGAUUCCUUUGUGUGGGCUCCCAGUAGCCCAAAAUUUUAGUGGCAAUGUUUGACAUUUCAAACCUAGCCUCAUUUGCUCAGGGUCUCCCAGCUCUGAUUUAUUGGAAGAGUGUCUGUAAUGGAAUGCACUAGAGCCUGAAAGCAGCAAGCUGUUACCUCCUCCAGCAACAGAGGCCCCAGAUGCCUGGCUGCAAAAGAACUCCAUAGGGUGAAGACCCCAGAACAGGGAAAGCUGAUAGUAUCUAAAGCUACUGUCUGACCUAGAAAGAAAGGGGACCUCUGGCUUGGACUGUAGAGCCAGUUCUACCUGCUUGGCACUGGUCACCUUUGCCCAAGGUGCUCUGGCAGGAGGAAGAGGUGUGUUCCUUUGAGUUCUUGGCUAGGGCUCCGUAUUUGUUUGUUGGUGAAACGCGAUGUUUAAUAUUAACUUAUUGGUGAAAUCAGAGGCAGCACCCCAGAGGAAUGGACUUUAGGUAGCUCAGCCUCUCAUUCUUAGAGAACAUCAGAGGCAUUAAUUUGAGUGCAACCAAACCUCUUCGUUUUACAGAACACACAGAUCUAGAUGGGAUGAUGUCCCCAAGGUCACCCAGUCAAGAGGCGGAAUAGUAAUGUACAUCAGAUCUCUUCCAAAAAAAAAAAAAAAAACCAGUUACCGUUGAGUCACUUCAAACUCAUAGCAACCCCGUGUGCAUUUUCAGUGGCUAAUUUUUCGGAAGUAGAUCUCAAGGCCCUUCUUCUGAGGUUCUUCUGGGUAGACUCGAACCACCAGCUUUUUGGUCAGUAGGCUAACACAUUUCCUGUUUGUGUGACCAGUCCUUUCUGUGUGCCUUCCAGCCAGACUGAGGGACCCUCAGUGUAGGAGCUGUGGUGGCCCAUGGCAUCUGGGUGCUUGCUCUGCUGGGAAUGCUUAUCCUGUCCUCCAUUGACUCAGCGCAAGCUCUCCUGUGUAGCCCCAGCUGCCUUGCCCCUGCCUACUGCAGGCCCCACCCUCCCUGUGGCCGGGCUGAUGGCCUUAUCUGCGUACCCACCUGGCUCUGUGCAGCACUCCUACUGAGAACUGCCUUGGCCAGCGUGGGCUUCAGGGCUCAGUGUCCUGGUUACUGCAGUAGCAGCAGGCCCUACUGUCUCUUCCCUCUAGUCCCUGCAUCCCUGGCUUCCUGAGGAGGGCAGAAGGAAGAAAACGGCCCCAAGAUGAGAGUGAUUCGUGUGGGUACCCGUAAAAGCCAGCUGGCUCGUAUACAGACAGACAGUGUGGUGACAACGCUGAAAACCUUAUAUCCUGGCCUGCAGUUUGAAAUCAUUGCCAUGUCCACUACUGGGGACAAGAUUCUUGAUACUGCGCUCUCAAAGAUUGGGGAGAAGAGCUUGUUUACCAAGGAGCUGGAACACGCACUGGAGAAGAACGAAGUGGACCUGGUUGUUCACUCCCUGAAGGACUUGCCCACGGUGCUUCCUCCUGGCUUCACCAUUGGAGCCAUUUGCAAGCGGGAGAGCCCCUAUGAUGCUGUUGUCUUUCAUCCAAAAUUUGUUGGGAAGACCCUAGAAACCUUGCCAGAGAGGAGUGUGGUAGGAACCAGCUCCCUUCGGAGAGCGGCCCAGCUGCAGCGAAAGUUCCCACAUCUGGAGUUCAGGAGUAUUCGGGGAAAUCUCAACACCCGGCUUCGGAAGCUGGAUGAGCAGCAGGUGUUCAGUGCCAUCAUCCUGGCCGAAGCUGGCCUGCACCGCAUGGGUUGGCAGAACCGGGUGGGGCAGAUCCUGCACCCUGAAGAAUGCAUGUAUGCUGUGGGUCAGGGGGCCCUGGGCAUCGAAAUCCGAGCCAAGGACCAGCACAUCCUGGACCUGGUGAGUGUGUUGCAUGAUCCCGAGACUCUGCUCCGCUGCAUCGCUGAACGGGCCUUCCUGAGGCACCUGGAAGGAGGCUGCAGUGUGCCAGUAGCAGUACAUACAGCUGUGAAGGAUGGACAACUGUACCUGACUGGAGGAGUAUGGAGUCUAGAUGGUUCAGAUAGCAUGCAAGAGACCAUGCAGGCCACUGUCCAUAUUCCUGCCCAGGUACCAGGGCUGGAGGGUGGGGGAAGGGACUCUGCAUAUGAUCUCUUUUCAUUCUCACUGAAUCCCACUCUUUCCCUCAUGCAGCAUGAGGAUGGCCCAGAGGAUGACCCACAGCUGGUAGGCAUCACUGCCCAGAACGUUCCACGAGGACCCCAGCUGGCUGCUGAGAACCUGGGCAUUAGCCUGGCCAGCUUGUUGCUGAACAAAGGAGCCAAGAACAUCCUGGACGUUGCACGGCAGCUUAAUGAUGCCCACUAACUGGUCUGUUGGCCACUGGUGCCCGUGUUCCAGCCCAGUGCCCCAUUCUCACUGCUAAAUGGGGAGUGAUUGCCCAGGAGAUGAAACUUGCUGAGACUAGGGGGUCUGCCUUGCCUUGGGGCCUUGGUGACAGCUUGGCCUCCUCAGUAGGUGGGGGUUUCAUCUCUUGUAGAGAAGUCUAAGCCACAGCCUUUGAAUGUAACCAGUUCUACUAAUAAACCAGCUCUGAAGGU